AUGCCCAUGAUAUCCACUCGAUACUUCAUUAAACAGAGCCUCUUCCGGCAUCACUAUACAGUGACCCUCGCCGGUGAUAGACACCUCUACCAUGUCCAUAACUCCCAGUUCACACCCGGCAAACCGGAUUUAACCUUGCACCAAAGUACUGACGCCAAUGGCCCCGUCGCGGGGGUUGUCAAAUUCCGACAUUUCUCCAACGAUGCAGAGAUCGGCCUUGGCGACCCAAAACACGGCGCCAAGGAAGUCUUACAUCGAGAGGGAUUUCUGAAGGCCGCCUAUUGGUUCCGCAUGGCGGUUACAGGCGGUGUUCAGACCUUCACUUGGAAACGCACCCACUCUCUUGGCUCUGGGUCCGAAUGCUAUAAACUCGUCGCGGGGAGUACGCAGACUGUGGUGGCUAUUUUCUCUGCGGGGUCUUUAAUGAAACGAAAUGGAAAUCUGGAUAUCUAUGCGUCGUUGGGUGAAGCGUUUGAUAUGAUGACCCUGCUGACUGGGAUUGCACUGGUUGAAAAAUCCCGACGGCAGACAGCCAGUGCAGGAGCUAGUGGAGGUGGAGGUGGAGGUGGAGGAGGCGGUGGAGGAGGUUGUUAG